AAGAAAGUGAGCUGCAGACUGAAGCACGGUGGUGAUGAACAUUUGGGAGAAGAUGAUCUGCAGGAUCCUGCUACUCAUCAUCCUCACCUCAUGUGUCUCUGGAUCAUUUGUAGUCAAUGUGACACAGACCUGCUAUCAGGCAGAGGAGAACCACAACAUCACACUGGAGUGGACGUUCACCACCAAACCUGACAGAUCCACCAAAACUCUCAACGUCCUCUGUGAACUGAUAACUGAGCGUACAGAUUCAGUCCUGUAUCGUGUUCAAGAAGGUGUUGAGGUGUCAGAGUCUCAGGAUGAAAAGUUUUCAGGACGAGUUGAGAGUGACAAAGACGCCCUCAGAGAAGGACGAAUCAGACUUCAACUGUUUAGACUCAGGACUGAUGACUCGGGUCUGUACCUGUGUGAACUGAACACAGAUUAUGGCUUUGGCUCAGCCAGAUGUAGACUCAGCAUCAGUGCUUCGGAUGACCCCAAACGUCCAAGUCCAACAGUGAAUACACAACCAGAGAGUCGAGGAUGGCUCAACCUGUAUCCUUUACUUAUACUGCCAGCAGCAGCUUUAUUGAUCAAACUCUGUUAUAAAAUCAUAAAACGAAAACAUAACCUAAAUCUAAACAGUCACCGCCUAGGCAGCGAAUGCAGUGAAGCAGUAGUCAACUUGAAUAAUUCAGAUGCCACUCACCUUGCUGCUUCAUUAGAAGCCACGUCCAUCAUCUUCUGAGUGUGGACAUGACUUCCCUGAACUCCAAAGAUUGUCAUGUUAACAGCUGGGUCUGCAGUGGAAGAUUUGUGGGAGCAUCAACCUCAGUGAGAGCUGAGAAACACUGUCUGCAGUCUGCAGCCAUCAUCAAAAACACUGAUGGAAACAUUCAAAGCUCUUGUCACGUAUAGCAUUAAUAAUAUUUCCUUCCUCUUUUGGUUCUAACAUUUGUUUUUGUCAGAUAUGGUAUGAGGAAUCUUUAAUUUUUGUCCAUUAGCAUGCAGAGUGAUUGAAAUCACUUGUUGUUCUCCCAUCAGCUGUUAUAAAUUAUUACUGGUUAAAAUGUGCCUGAACUCAAGUUGUUAAAAGAAUUCUAAGUGUUACAGUGAACUCCUAAUAAUUUGACUAUGGAUCACCAUAGGUAGAAUUUACUUUUUCUAAAGUUAAUGUUUAUGUGUAUAUAUUGUAAACAAGUCCUUAUUUAUAUGAAAGAAGUUAUGAUUCUUCUGUAUAUGUGUGUGUCCAAAUCAUUUUAUCAAAGGGUCAGAAGAUCUUAAAGAGGUCUAUAAUACCAAGUGUAAUCUAACAUGUUUGGUACUAUUACUUUACAAGGUGUAUUACAAGAAGGACAGGAGUUUGAUAAUUAUUUAAAAUAUCUAAAACACUGAAUGUGUACAUAUAAAGCAACAAAGUUGUUUACGCCAACUCUUAAUCGUAACAUUAUUCUACUUAAAGAAUAU